AUGGGUCUCACAAUAUCAAAGCUGUUUGACGAACUAUGGGGGAAGAAGACAACCAAUAUUAUAAUUGUCGGGCUUCAUGACGCCGGAAAGACUACUAUCCUUCACAAGCUGAAGCUUUCUGAGAUCGUCACGUCUGUUCCAGCCCCUGGACUCAACGUGGAGAUUGUUGAAUAUAAGAGUAUUCAUUUUACAUCGUGGGCUACUAGCGGGCCGGACAAUAAUCGCCCGUUGUGGAGAAUUUUUUAUCAAGACACGAAGGCCAUUAUCUUCGUGGUGGACUCUGACGAUCAUGACCGCAUCAAUGAGGCACGCGUGGAGCUUCAAAGAUUGUUAAAUGAGGAUGCAUUACGGGAUGCAUUGCUCCUAGUUAUGGCCAACAAGCAGGACUUGGGCACUGCAAUGAAUGCCGCCGAAGUCACUGAUAAGCUCGGCCUCCACAGCUUAAGACACAAUUGGUACAUACAAUCCACCUGCGCCACCUCUGGCGAUGGUAUCUACGAGGGUCUCGAGUGGCUGGCCAACUCCCUCAGGAAGGCUGGCUAUGCGUGA